AUGUCAUUCUCAAUCCGUAUAUCACGAGAAACAGAGCCAUCCUUCUGCACAAAUUGCUAUACCAGCUUUGACAGUGCCCGUGCUCUACGCAACCAUCGCCGAAACUGUCGUGCUCCCAUUUUGAAUGAAGACCAAGAUGUUGAAAUGGAAGAGCAACCUCCACUGCAUGAUGAUGAUGCCAUGAGUGAUAUUGAAGAAAUGAUUCCUGCUGCUGACGAUGCUGAUUACGACUGCGCAGACUUUGAACAGACGCCGGGUGCUGCUGAUCUGCUGCCUAUUGUCGAUAAUAAUGGUAAGGAAUUGCAGCGCUAA